CCCGGCCUCGCAGUGCGCGCACCAGCAGCGAUGGCGCCGCAGACGGGCUCGAUCGUGCUGAACAACGGCGACUCCAUGCCCAUCAUCGGCCUCGGCACGUGGCAGGCGCCCAAGGGCGAGGUCGGCGCCGCCGUGCGCGUGGCCAUCGAGAACGGCUACCGGCACGUGGACUGCGCGGCGUGCUACGGCAACGAGGCGGAGAUCGGCGAGGUCUUCGCGGACCUCUUCGCCCGCGGCGUCGUCAAGCGCGAGGAGCUCUUCGUCACGUCCAAGCUGUGGAACUCGGAGCACGCGCCGAAAGACGUGCGACCCGCGUGCGAGAAGACGCUCAAAGAUUUACGGCUCGACUACCUCGACCUCUACCUGAUCCACUGGCCCCAGAACUUCGCCAAGGAGGUCGAGGGCAACUGCUCCUUCCCGCGGAACGACGACGGGUCCAUGCGCUACGACGUCGAGACGACGUCCGCGGAGACGUGGUCCGCCAUGGAGGCGCUCGUCGACGCGAAGCUCUGCAAGGCCAUCGGCCUGUCGAACUUCAACUCGAAGCAGAUCGAGGAUCUGCUCACGACGUGCCGCAUCAAGCCCGCGAACCUCCAGGUCGAGGUCCACCCCUACUUCUCGCAGGCGCCGCUCGCGGGAUUCUGCCACGCCAAAGGCAUCUCGCUGACGGCCUACUCGCCCCUCGGCACGGGCGCGACCAUCGACGGCAUGACCGUCGUCGGCAACCCCGUGCUCGCGGCCAUCGGCGAGGCCCACGGCAAGUCCGCGGCGCAAGUCGCGAUCGCGUGGCUCGCGCAGCGCGGCCUGGUCGUCAUCCCCAAGUCCGUCACGGCCGCGCGCGUCGUCGCGAACCGCGACGUCGACUUCGCCCUGACGCCCGAGGACAUGGCCAAGGUCGACGGCCUCAACAAGGACUUCCGCAACGGCUGGGGCGGGCCCAAGGUCAACCGCGACGGCGCCGAGCAGCCCCGGGACGGCCUCCACCCGCUCUACCCCUUCACGCAGCCGGGCGUCGCCUUCUAG